AAACCGACGCACACUCCGGCGUCGCUGCUGCUGGUUUGAGGCAACUCUGCGAUCGGACGCUCGUAUUUCCAGACCUGUAGCUAACAUUUGCAUGAUCCGGUGUCAUAAAUUAUAAGCUAUUUCAUCAAAGUAACCCUCUGUUGCAAAUAUUACAGUACAGCACCGUAUUUAAAAUCUUUCGGCARCUUCACAGCGCUUGAAAAACGUCAACGGGACAAUGGCCGAUCAGCUGACCGAGGAGCAGAUUGCUGAGUUCAAGGAAGCGUUCUCACUGUUUGAUAAGGACGGUGAUGGUACCAUUACUACAAAGGAGCUUGGUACCGUGAUGCGCUCUCUGGGACAGAACCCCACUGAGGCUGAACUGCAGGACAUGAUCAAUGAGGUGGAUGCAGACGGAAACGGAACGAUUGACUUUCCUGAGUUCCUGACCAUGAUGGCGAGGAAGAUGAAAGAUACAGACAGUGAGGAGGAGAUCAGAGAAGCUUUCAGGGUCUUUGACAAGGACGGUAACGGCUACAUCAGUGCAGCUGAGCUACGGCACGUCAUGACCAACUUGGGUGAGAAGCUCACUGAUGAGGAAGUGGAUGAGAUGAUCCGUGAGGCUGACAUCGACGGCGACGGUCAGGUCAACUACGAGGAGUUUGUCCAGAUGAUGACAGCCAAGUGAAGAGAGCUCUGAACUUCCUCUCUAUGUUGCUUGUCCUACUAAAAUUACUGUCUUUAAGAACUAAAAAAAGGAACAAUCAUGAAACGAUAAAAGUACCCCCCCCCCUAAAAUAAUUUACCCGUAGAAUUUUUAAUGUGCGCUUCGAUACAUCCAACUACUUCUAAGGUCUCUGUUUAGCAAACACCAACAGAAUAAUCCCUAAAGAAGUUACCGGACCAAGCUUUAAAAGGGCCAAAGUCCUCCUACUUCAGACCAAGAAUCUGCUGAGUCACCCAGCUUCCUGAUUAAUUUAGAGGAAAGGGAAACACUGAGAAAGGCAGAAAGAAAGGAAAUCAGUCUGAAUAAUCUGUAAAAGGAAGUUGUUUGUUAGUUAUUCCCAGAUAGUUAUCAAAAAACAAAAAACGUCUCACAUCUGUGGUGACUCUAAAAACCUGAAUUUAGUUCUCUUUUUUUGCAUGCACCUUUUCCUUUUGACAAAGACUCUGAACCCAUCACAGGUAGUGGUCAGAUUGUGUACACACUGGAGGUAUAUACAUAAAUAUAUAGCUAUAUAUCUGUAAAAUUUGUGUCACUAUUGAUUAUAGCAAGAGCAGUUAGUUGAAGUGUAGGGUGUUCAUUGGUGCUCGGCUGAAGGUGUGGAAACCUGAAAGAGUUCGGAAAAGAACAAGACCCUGAAAAGUGCUGGAGGCUUUUUUUUUUCUUUUGUUUCGUUUUGUUUGUUUUUUUUCUCUCUCCCUCUAUGGGAUGUACUUUUGUUGUGUUGGAGUUGUGGGCUUCACGUGUCCCGCAGCACCGAUUGGGGACGGUCGUUCUGUUUCAGGAUGAUCGUUGCAAGGUAAAACACACUUGUCGAUGGCAGUUAAUAUAUUUGUUUGGAUAUAACAAGAAAAUAUUGAUGUAAUGCUUUUUAAAUGUGUUCUCAUAUAAUAAUGUAUUUGACGACAAACUUUGGUUACAAGAUAUAUCGAUAUAUUAGAGUAUCGUAAAGUUUGCAUUGCUUAUUGUAGUAAUUGACGUGUGACAUGUUUUCUGUUUGGUUCUGAAAUGUGCCAUAAUACUCUUUAAAACAUGCAACCUUUUUGCAAGGCUCGUCGUUUAUCUGAAUAUAUCUGCUUAUGACAAUAACAUGAAAAUACAUGCAGUCUAACAUAUUUGCACUUUGGUAUAAAUCACAUGGAUGUUUAAAAAAUGCUCUAAAAUAAUAAAAAAAGAAACCAAAUGCCACUGUUACUGCUGCUAAAAUACUGUGUAUGUUUCACACAUUUUCUGUAUUUGUUGGUGUCUGCUCUUCAAUUUGUAGUCCAGUGAUCAAACUUCAGUCUGCUUGUUGUUUUACUGAACAGAGUACAUAUACUGUAUAUUCCCAGAUACUACUCAUGGUGGGGCUGACGUGUUUAAUUUGGGCUUUUCGAGCGGGAUGAGCAGAUGUGGGGGAUGGAGUGGUUUUUGUAGCAAAGCUGUAGAUGUGCAGCAGGUUUCAGUGUUMGAGGAAAGAUUUUGACUUCAAGAAGUUUAAAGAAAGAAGUUAGCUGGAGUAUUCUAUGAUUUAUGCAAAGUUUAAAUAUUGCUUGGUUCGAAAUGUUUUUUUGUUUUUUAAUAAUUGAUGGGCUUUAAGCAUCUGAAAGUAUCUCACAAAUGUAAAGAUGUGAUAUAUUUUCCAUAAACUAAUAAACUGACUAAGCUUUA